AUGCCAGGAGAUCCAGCCACAGGGGAUGUAAGUCUUCAAAUUCAAAACCUCGCCAUCAGUGACGCUGGUGAAUAUGAAUGUCAGGUUACUCCCAGUAUGAAUCAACCCCUUCUUCGCAGAAAAACUUAUCUCCACGUAACCGUAAUGCCUUCUGUACCGAGAAUGUUUGCUUUCGGAAAGGAACUGAAGGACGGGCAAAUACGAAUUUCCCUUCCUGAUAGGGAACAAAGUGUAACUAUUGAAUGCAUGGCUUCUAAUGGCAUUCCACCUCCGGAUUUUUAUUGGAAACUCAAUGAGGUUCUCCUGCGUAGCGUUCCACUUGAUUCAAAAAAUCCUGGUAAGACUGCAUUUUAG